AUCAGUUAAAUUUUUUAUUUUUAUUCCCACCAUGAAGUUGAACAUAAAAUAUAAAUUGUUUAGAAUGUGCCGUUAUGACAAGGGUAAAAAUUAGAACGAUGAUACCAAAUAAAAUGAUGUAAAUAUACAAUCUAAAUUGAAACAGUGUUGAAUGGAUUUGUUUACAUAUAUGUAAAAUAUUAACCAUCAUUGUUCACGGAAUAUCCGUUAUAAGGUGUUGUAGUUUUUUGUGUUAUUACGAUAAAAUAUAUAAAUGUCUUGAUUAGAAUUGCAAAUACGAUUUUCAAAAUGAAAGGAAAUAGAAUUGUUAUAGAUGAAAAUGCACCUUUGAUAGAGCCAGAAGUUGAUACAGCCGUGCCUCAUGAAAACGAGAAGAAACCAAUUGACGGUAUUACUGGGAAUAAUUUGAUGCUCCCGCCAAAUCAAAUUAUUACCAGACAGCAUUUUCUCGUCUGGCCUGUAGCGUUUCUGUUUGUGACAGCGUAUAAUCUGACGUUUGCAUCAUUUGGACAAUACGUAUACAUUAAACUACAGAACGAAAACUUUCCUGGAAUUCGUGUCAACAAAACUACAGCUUAUUGUGAAGUUAAUACAUCAUCAGACAAUUUUAGGAUUCAGGAGGACGUUCAACAAAAAGCGGCAAUAUGGGGCAUUUAUUUCUACAUGUCUGGAGGCUUCACGUCUAUAAUCGCUAACUUUAUCCUAGGAGCUUACACAGACCGUUUUGGACGUAAGUUCUUGUUCAUACUUCCAUGUGUUGGAACAAUAGUACGAACGUCUAUGGCUAUCGUAGGGAUGCACUAUGACCUCCCGCUGUAUUAUUACAUUGCGGGCUAUUUUCUUGAAGGAUGUACUGGACAAAUAUUCAAUAUCUUUCAGAUAACGUACCUUUAUGCCGCCGACAUAACAGAAAACGGUAAAGCACGAUCUGUAGGAAUUGUCAUUGUGGAGUUGGCGUUUGGACUAGGCACUGUUGCCCCGACCUUGGCAGUCGGGUUUAUCCUAGAAGAAACUGGUUCAUUCCUCAUACCAUUUUACAUCUCUUUAGGAAUACUAGUUUUUACAUUAUUUCUGAUAUUCCUUUUACCCGAGACUUACCCUAAAGCUAUACGCAAUCAAAGAAAGUAUACCUCAAAGUUUGAAAAUCUUAGAGACGCGUCCGAUCUUUUCUUUAGCAAGAAAAACGCUGGUCGUAGAUGGAUGUACUUCACCACAAUUCUUGUGUUUUCGUUUACCGUAUAUAACUUAUUUGGUCGCACCGCUAUGGAAGGACUUUAUCUGUUGAAUUAUCCUCUGUGCUGGAACCCAACGAAAAUUGGAGUAUUCGGAGCGUUGAGGUUGGCUCUACAGCAAAUAAUUGGAAUGAUGAGCGUGAAAUUGUUUCAUAUUUGUAUGAAUGACGAGAUGAUAGCGAUUAUAGGUUGCGUAUCGUACGCAGCAUCAUUUUUCAUAGAGGCUUACGCUACAAACGAUUUAAUGAUGUAUUUAGUUGCAAUAGUUGGAACGUUUGGUUUAUUGACUAUACCAAUGAUUCGUUCUAUAUUAUCUCAGAUGACCUCUCCACAGAAACAAGGAGCUGUGUUUGCCAGUGUUUCAGCUGUAGAGACUGCGGUUAAUUGUAUAGGGGCAGUGACCUCCAAUUCUGUAUAUAUAGCUACAGUAAAGAUUCAGAGAGGUUUUACGUUUCUUUUGUUUGCUGUCUUCAGUGUUUUUGGCAUGAUUCUUAUGAUUAUCUUCACAAUAGGCUCAAGAGGGUCAAAGAAAAAGGUGUUCACCGAGUAAAACACGUUUACACGAAUAUGCCCUACUUAGUUGUCUCCCUUGGACUAAUAAUAAGCGGCAAAACGUGACGUCCGUAGUUAUUUUGUACCAACGGUUUUGUUUUCUAUAGGAUUUUCUGAAGUUAUCGUUAUCUAGUGUACUUGUACUACAUAGUGAUAUGGAGACUAGGGGAAUAUUCUUUUUUUUCUAAAUGUUGCAGUUUUAUUGUGAAAAAAUAAAAUAAAUGAAUUACAUGUAAGCUUAUGAAUGUGGUGAUAAAUCAUAUGGAAACUUUUGGUUUUACGACAGAAAUACAAAAUUGAAAUCGUCAGUUACAGUUGUUGAAUUAAGUUGGGCACUUUUAUCAGCAACUCUCAU